CACAAGAGGGGAGGGGAACCUAGGCCUCGGUGAAGGAGAGCAGAAGGACAGUGCCGCCGUCCCCAGCUCCUCUCUCUGCCAUGGCUCUGCCUCUGCGGUCCCUGAGCCGGGGCUUGGCGAGCGCGGCCAAGGGAGGCCACGGAGGGGCAGGAGCCAGCACCUGGCGCCUCCUGACCUUCGUGCUGGCGCUGCCCAGCGUGGCCGUCUGCACCCUCAACUCCUGGCUCCACAGGGGCCACCACGAGCGCCCCGAGUUCAUCCCCUACCACCAUCUGCGCAUCCGCACCAAGCCCUUCUCCUGGGGGGACGGCAACCAUACUCUUUUCCACAAUCCCCGCGUCAACCCUCUGCCAACCGGCUACGAACGACCCUGAGGCCCGGCGAUGGCCCGGGCGCAAUAAAGGUUGCAAGCUCGGUG